AGAUCAUCCGCGACGAGUACGAGGCAGUUGACGGAAAGAAGGAAAACAUGGAGGUGGAGCGCAAGGUGUCAACUAUCCUCAUUACGCUUUCCCUCAAACCCCUCGACAAGAACCAUGUUGGCUACCAGCCACCUCUGCCAGAGUCAGAGGUGAAGGAGCAGGAGGAGGCUGAGGCCGGUGAGGCUGCUGGUGGGAACCACAAUCGUGGUGAACGUGGUGAACGCGGUGAACGUGGUGAACGCGGUGAGCGCGGUGAGCGCGGCGACCGUGUGGGCCGUGGCGGGGACCGAGGCAACGCUGGCAGCGGCCGUGGUCGCGGUUCCUCGCGUGGGGGACAGCGCGGUGGCGGCAGCAACCCCGGCGCUUCCCGCGGUGGACAUGGCGGCAAUGGCCGUGGUGGCAGUGGCCGUGGUGGAUCAUCGCGUGGUGGGGCUGCCUAA